AUGUCAUCUUUAUCUUUAUCUUUAUCUUCAACAACAACAACAACUUUGCCACCGCUAACGACCGACGAUUAUACUAUUAAAGUAAUUAGAUCAAAAGCAAUCAAUCGAUAUUGUAAACACCGUAAUGCAAACUUUCAAACAUUUCUACACCUUGUACAAUAUUGGUCUACAAUGUUUUCACCCGACACUGAUCUAUUGUCUGAAGUUGCAAGAUCAGGUAAUGUUGAACUAAUCAAUGGACUCAUCAAAGGAUACCGAGGUAGCAUACAUAUUAAUUAUAAAGAUAUAAUGGAUAAUGCAUGUUAUUAUGGUCAUUUGGAUUUGGUUCGAUAUUGUUACACCAACAAUACAAUUAAAGAGUUUGGACCAAAUUCAUUAAAUUGUGCAGUUAUCAUGGGACAUGUCAAUAUUGUUCGUUUCAUUCUAGAUCAACAUCUAGAUGGUGGACAACAAAAUCUUUUACAUAAAAUAACAUCAUCAUCAAUGGAAAGAGCAAUAGAAAGAAAUAAUGGGAUUGCAAUGGUUCAUUUCUAUUUGUAUGAUUGUACAACUGACCAACAAACCAUUCCAAUUGAUGAUCUUUGUAAAAUGGCUACCAAACAUUCUAAAUUGGAUAUUCAACAAUUACUCGAUCAUUAUAAACUUGAACAACAACAACAACAACUGUUAUCAUCGUCAUCAUCAUCGUUAUUGAAAUAA